AGGAGUGGGUGAAAGAAAGAGAAGUCAAGCUGGAAAAGAAAGAAAAAGAAAGAGAAGACAGAGAGCGUGAAGAACGUGUAAAGAGAGAAGAAAGAGCUAAAGAAAGAGAGGUGGUGGAGAGAGCUUAAGAGAAAGAAGCUGAGGUAGAAAUACACAGAUUGAGAGUCAGAGAGUUGGAGCUUAGGGAGACGAUAGGAGUACUUAAAGAGCAUAUAAAACCUGUAUGGAAACCAAAGUUGCCACCUUUUAAUGAGAAUGUGGAUCAAAUGGAUGCAUAUUUGGCAAGAUUUGAAGUACAUGCUCAAGCUACAGAAAGACCUAAAACUCAGUGGGGAAGUCAUCUAUACACAUUGUCACAGGGAAAGGCACUGCAAGCUUGUAUCAACUUUUCUAAGAAAGAUUUAGAGGAAUAUGACAAGGUGAAAGAAGUAUUAAUGAAAAGAUACAACUUGACAGAUGAUGGGUAUAGAGAGAAGUUCCAUAAAGCUAAACCAGAGAGAAACCAGCCAUUUCAUGAAUUUGUUGAGGACAUUAGAAGAUACUUAAUGCGUUGGGUAGAAUUGUCUAAUACUAAAAAGACAUUCGAAGGUCUCAUUGAUCUUUUCAUCAGAGACAAGAUCCUCACAUUUUGCAAUCCUCAGUUAGUGGCUUUUCUACAUGAAAGGAAACCGAAAGAUGUGCCAACAGCAGUCAAGUUGUGUCAGCACUAUAUUACUGCACAUCCAGAGAAGACAAUUUGCUGCAAAGACUAAUGAUAACAGAAGUCGAUUUAAACAAGAAUGGAGACAGGACCGUCUGCAGAAAAGAAGUGUUGGUGAAAAAAGAAAAUGUUUUAAGUGUUUCAAAACGGGUCAUUUAGCAGUCCAAUGUAGAAACAAAAGCCCCUUAAGACGAAAUGAGACUAUGGGUUCAAGCAGAAGUCAGGAGUUUAAAACCAGCAACAGGGGAAGACCAACUGGACAUCCAUACA